CUCAUUGCAUCAACAAGCCCAUCAUCAUGUUCUGGCCUCCCGUCCUCAGCCUUCUAGUGCUGUGGUGCACAGGUUCAGAUUCUCAGCCUGUGUUGACUCAACCUCCAUCAACAUCAGUGUCACCAGGGAGCACAGUGAUGCUCUCCUGUGCCAUGGGCAGUGGGUUCAGCAUCAGUGGCUACUAUGUGUACUGGUAUCAGCAGAAGCCUGGGAAUCCCCCAAGAUACCUCUUGUAUUAUAAGUCAGAUUCCAGCAAGGGCCAGGGCUCUGGGGUCCCCUCUCGUUUCUCUGGGUCCAAAGACACGUCUGCAAACACUGGCUAUUUAACCAUCACAGGAAUCCAGGCAGAAGAUGAGGCUGAUUAUUAUUGUGGUACAGAGCAUGGCAGUGGUAGCAGCUGGAGGUAA